CGGCAUCACUGUUUAUUAUUCAUAAUAAUAAUAAUAAUAUUUAUGAUUGUUUAAUUCAAUUUUGAAUUUUGAAGUGGAUGGUAAAGAUAAGUUGCUGAAAGAAAUAUGGCAAAGCAAUAUGGUUUGAUUAUUCCUAAUAAAGGACAUAAAAUUGGACAAAUAACAGCUAGACCUUCCAUUUUUGUUGAUUCAGAUUCUGAUACACCAGAUAUCAAACCGACAGGUUCCUCUAAAACUCUAAAAAAGCAGGAUAAAAUCAACCAAGAAAAAGCAGUUACUGAGGACCCAACAGUUUACCAGUAUGACGAAAUUUUUGAUGAGAUGGACCAGAAACGAAAGCAAUCAAAACUUGCUAGGAAAGAUUUAGAUAGAAAACCAAAAUAUAUAAAUAAACUAUUGGUUACUGCGGAAAAAAGAAAAAGGGAAAAUGAAAGGAGAAUUGAGAGGCAAGUACAGAAGGAACGAGAAGAAGAAGGUGACAUGUUCAAGGACAAAGAAUCUUUCAUCACAUCAGCCUAUAAAAAGAAGUUAGAAGAAAUGCGAGAGCUAGAAGAGCAAGAAAAACGAGAGGAAUAUCUUGAAGGUAUUGGAGAUGUUCGCAAGCAAGGCAAUUUAGAUGGUUUCUAUCGGCAUUUAUAUGAUCAAAAACUGAAUUAUGAAGAGAAGGAAGAAAAGCCGAUAAUAAAAGAAGAAAUCAAAGAAGAACCAGAAAGUGAUAAUGUAGCGAAUGAAAGUAAUUUGUCAGAACAUAUACCUGAAAAAGUUUCAGAACCCAAUAGUGUAAAAGUCAAAUCAACAGAAUCGGUGAAGAAAAGAAAAUAUAGAGCGCGUAGAGAUUCCCAAAAUGAAAGUGAAGAUGAACCUGUGGUGAAAAAAGGCCAUUUGUCUUCCAACUUAGAUGCGGACUCGGAUUUCAGCAUUGAUUCUUCAGAUAGUGAGAAUGAAGAAGAAAAAUCUAACAAAACCAAAGAAGUUCCCAAGGUCAAAACUACGGAUGAUAAGUCUCCCAAUGAAAAUUCAGUUAAAGAGGAGAAACAAGUUCUUCCAAAAGGUGAAGAAGAAAAAGUAAUAGAGGUGAAGCCAAAGAAACCAAAAGUUGAUAUUUGGAAAAAGAGAACUGUUGGAGAAAAGUUUGAGGAGGCUGUCAAAAAAUUCUUUGAGAGAAAAGCUUCAAGAGAAAUGGGUCCAUAGAACUUUUAUUCAAUGUACCUUUGUUAAACGUUGGAUUUCUGUAUGAAACUAUAAUGAGAACUAUAUUUGAGGAAAAUGAAAGUAACAAUUGAUAAAUGGAGAAGCGUUAUUAAAUGAAGAUUAAUAAAAUAUGUCAGCACAAAAACAUGUACUUUUUUUAAUCAAACACAGAGAAUUUAUUUUUGUUAAGUUUAUAAAGUUCGUUUUUUUUAGAUGAAUACUUUAGCAGCCUAAUCAAAGAAUAAAUAUUUUUUUAACAAA